UUGCAUAUGAAUCAUUUCUAUCUGUCAGUAUUUUUUAUCUCUGAUUUAACUGUCUUAAGGAUCUAUCUAUAUAUGAAGGAUACAUUUCCAAAGAUAGAAAUCUUCACACAAAAGGAAUUGCCAACUUGUUUGCAAGAAACGGCAAUGGAAUCAAAGUUUUUGGACAACGACAAUGCAACCAUAAGAAGUUCUCAUCACUCUCUUACUGCUUCUCAUCAUGUUCAUGCAAACUAUUCAAUGGAAUCACCUGAAAGGCUUCUUUUAUGUUCACAUUCAAUGAAAGAAGAGUUACCACCCUAUGAUGCCACUUUGAUUGGCCAUGUCCCUUCAAGUUUCCAUGGCAAUGAAGACACAAGAAAUGGGCAAGAGAAAAACCAUACCUUUCAAAAAUUCAAUAACAACCCUCUGAAUCUAUUGGAGACUCUGCCAGCAUUAACCAUAGCACCCUCUUCUUCUGAUGCCUCACCACCUUCUUUGAUUUCUCCUCCUUCGUCACACAAAUUUCCAAACUUGACCUUGUUCUUGCAGGAAACUUCCAUGCUCUACUCAUCAUCCUCGCAUCUAAAAAGUGGUGAAUCCAUGUCAUCAAAAUCUUCAAACUCCACAUUUCCAUUGUCGCCACUCCGCCAAACUCAGUGCCAAACAACCACCGCCGAUCCACACAAAAUCACCAAGAAUCUAUCAAACAUGAGGAGAUCCAAGUCUUUCAGUGACCACCACAAUUGGUUGAGCACAAGGACACAACCUCUUAAGUGCAGCGGCGGAGGUGGAAGAGUCAACAACAACAACAAGCUUUUCAAAGGGGUGAGACAAAGACACUGGGGAAAAUGGGUUGCUGAGAUAAGAUUACCAAGAAACAGGACAAGGGUAUGGUUAGGAACAUUUGAUACAGCUGAAGAUGCAGCCAUUGCAUAUGAUACUGCAGCAUAUAUACUAAGAGGAGAUUAUGCACAGUUGAAUUUCCCUGAAUUGAAGCAUGUGAUCAAGGCCAAUUCUCUGAAUGGAACCAUUUCAGCACUCGUUGAGGCAAAACUACAAACAGUUCAUCUGCAUAAGAAGAAUCCCAAUAACAAUAACAAUAACAAUAGCAGCAACAACAAUUAUGAUGAUUCACCACCAUCAGCAGUUUCAGCAUGCAAAAAUAAUGGCAAUAAGGGUUCAUCAUCAAGCAUAAUGGAGUUGCAGUUAGAGGAAAAUGAGAGAAGCAAAAGUGGCUCACUUUCUCAUCAUCAAGUUUUGGAUGUGGAAGGUGUUCAAUUGAGCAGAAUGCCAUCAUUGGAUAUGGACCUUAUUUGGGAUGCACUUUUAGUCUCUGAUUCAUGA